GCUCUCGUUCUCGUCUGUCUCAAAAUGGCGGAAAGGCAGCAAGUUAAGCUAGGCUAGGGGCUCGCUGAAAAUUCGCACUUUUUGUUGUGUUGAAAUGUUUUGGCGGCGAGAUUAAAACUCUAGCGUUUAAUUGCCAAAUAUUUUGUGCUUUCGUGUUGUCACGCGUGGCCUGUCAGCGAACAUUAGCGUCCGGCUAACGUUAGCCCACAAGUUGUGACGCGGAACCACGAGCUAAGUGCUAAGUUAGCAUGCUAGGCUAAGCACGGCCGCCGGCCGGCUGUGCAAUUGAGAGUUUGAUGACGUAAUUUGACGUGUUGGGCGUCGAGCGCUCAUCCCAAAAGACUGACGUCGUGUGUGCACCUGACAACUUCUGAGUGACGCCCCGUUUGGUGCACGGCUAAAAGUAGCAAGCGCCAGGUGGAUUUUGUUCUUUAGGCUGCAGAACCUGUGCGUGCAUGUAUGUUUUUUGCAACUUGCGCACGUUCGAGAGCAACAGCAGCCGCCGUCGUAGUUGUGAGUUCUGCAGGUGUUGGCCAGCCAGUGAGAAAUCCCUUCCACUCCACUUCCUGUUGUCCGGUCCUGCCCGGUCCACUUUGCUUCUCAGUGUGUGAAGAUUCACGUGCAAAUCACCUGACCCACUUCAGUUCCCCGUGCGGUAGACGGCCGCUGCCGUCGUCGUCGUCAUGGUGCUGUCACAGAGACAAAGAGACGAACUAAAUCGAGCCAUCGCCGACUAUCUGCGCUCCAACGGAUUUGAUGGCGCGUACUCCACCUUGAAGAAGGAGGCCGACUUGGACAUGAAUGAAGACGUGGAUAAAAAGUUCGCUGGGCUCUUGGAGAAGAAGUGGACCUCUGUCAUCCGCUUACAGAAGAAGGUGAUGGAGUUGGAGUCCAAGCUGAACGAGGCCAAGGAGGAGAUGAGCCACGGCGGGCCGGCCUCUCAAAAGAGGGACCCCAAAGAGUGGAUCCCGAGGCCCCCGGAGAGGUACGCCCUCAGUGGCCACCGCGCUCCCGUCACCAGGGUCCUCUUCCACCCCGUCUUCUCCGUCAUGGUCACGUCCUCCGAGGACGCCACCAUCAAGGUGUGGGACUACGAGGCAGGGGACUUUGAGCGGACGCUGAAAGGCCACACCGACUCGGUUCAGGACAUCUCCUUCGACCAGACGGGCAAGCUGCUGGCCUCGUGUUCGGCCGACAUGAGCAUUAAGCUUUGGGACUUCCAAGGCUUCGAGUGCAUCAGGACCAUGCACGGCCACGACCACAACGUGUCGUCCGUCGCCAUCAUGCCCAACGCCGACCACAUUCUGUCGGCGUCCCGAGACAAGACCAUCAAGAUGUGGGAGGUGGCCACCGGGUACUGCGUAAAGACGUUCACGGGCCACCGGGAGUGGGUGCGCAUGGUGCGGCCCAACCAAGACGGCUCGCUCAUCGCCAGCUGCUCCAAUGACCAGACGGUGCGCGUGUGGGCCGUCUCAUCCAAAGAGUGCAAGGUGGAGCUGCGCGACCACGAGCACGUGGUGGAGUGCAUCUGUUGGGUUCCUGACAGCGCACACCCCACCGUCUUAGAGGCCACCGGUGCGCAGAACAAGAAGAGCGCCAAGGCCGGGCCUUUCCUCCUCUCGGGGUCCAGGGACAAAACCAUUAAGAUGUGGGACGUCGCCAUCGGGAUCUGUGUCAUGACUCUGGUGGGCCACGACAACUGGGUGCGCGGCGUGCUUGUGCACCCCGGCGGCGGCUUCAUCCUCAGCUGCGCCGACGACAAGACUUUGCGCAUUUGGGACUACAAGAAUAAACGCUGCACCAAGACGCUUAACGCGCACGAGCACUUUGUCACCUCUCUAGAUUUCCACAAGAGCGCUCCCUACGUGGUUACGGGCAGUGUGGACCAGACAGUCAAAGUGUGGCAGUGCCGUUGAGCCGGCUUCCCGGCCCCCUCCCGCGGUAUUCCCCCCCCCCCCCCCCCCAGGUGACGCUUGCCCUUCGAUGUAAAUUAUUGCGGACGUCAGUCACGGCAGCACAGUGACCGCCGGUGCUCGCCCUUGCAUGGCCAAUCACUUCCUGGUUUCCAUAAGCCACACCCCCUUUCGUCGACGUGACGAAAAGUGGGAGAUGAUUGACUCUUUGUCCACAAGUGGCACCUUCCAUGGGGGAGUGCGGGCCUCAAAGUGGCUUUGUGUGAGAAACUGAAUGACGAGUUUCAAUGUGUGCUGGCGUGCGUGUUAGUGAGUGUGGAAAGUGUGCGCGACUGUGAUGUGAUGAUUGAGUGAACCCGCACAACCUCGAUGCCCAACUCACCCAUGACCCCCCCCACACACACACACACACACCGGUAGAGGAAAGCGCCUGCUCGUCACUUUGCUGCUUGUGUGCGUGUGUGCUGUCGUCCAGUGCUCGCUAGCUGCCUUGUUGACCCUCUGAGGGCUGCUCUGCUGCCUCACACGCGUGCGCACACACACACACACACACAUGUUCAUUCAUCUAAGAGUUGUGUAUACGUAUUUGUGGGUGUGAUGUUUGCAGGCUCAAGAAAUAAAAGGAUGUAAAUAACA